AUGCUGAUUAAGAAGGAAUUAAUAAUUUUCCUGGAUAUAACAGCUACAAAGGGAAUAACGACAGUCACAGUGCAAUACAAACACACUACAAGACGACUACCUUUGAUCAUCACCUCAGAAGAAAAAGGACCCAAUUUAUUCGGAGAAAAUUGGUUUAAACCUUUUGACAUUGUUGUAACUGGAAUACAAACAGCACAACUAACCCCUGAGACUGAUUACAUAACGAUUCUCGAUAAAUUCCCGGCUCUAACAGCACCAACACUCUCAGGACAUGCUGGAAAACCCAUAAACAUCCAGAUAAAGCCAGACUGCAAUUCAAAAUUCUUCAAAGCACGAAAAAUACCAUUCGGAAUUACAGAAAUGGUGAGCGAAGCACUGGAGGACAUGGUAAAGCAAGGUAUGAUUACACCUACAGACCAAUCCGAUUGGGCAACACCAGUACUGUUCGUGCCAAAGAAUUUGGAGAAGAAGCUGAGAGUUGUGGGAGAUUACAAGGUCGCAGUGAACCCGGUCAUCACCGACGCAGAGUAUCCGCUACCUACUGUCAAAGAAGUAAUGACUACACUCAAUGGAGGAAAAAAAUUUUCACAAAUUGACCUCAAGAACGCCUAUAAGCAGAUACGAGUGGACUCUGAGACAUCAAAAAUCCUCACCAUCAGUACACCAAAACGAUUGUUCAACGUCAACGUUUUGCUGGACGGAUUGAACAUUGCACGCAGAAUUUUCAAAAAAUUCAUAGAAACACACCUGACUGAUACAGAGCACGAUGAAAGACUCAUCCAGGUCCUGAAACGUCUGGAAUCCGCUAAUCUCAUAAUCAACAAAGAAAAGUGCAUCUUUGGAGUUAAGGAAAUGGAAUUCCUGGGAUACCUAGUAUCGGACAUUGGAGUAAAGCCAUUGAAGGGCAAGGUGAAAGCAAUAUCAAACAUACCAACACUUUCUAACGUUAAAGAACUCCAAGUGUUCCUAGGUGGCCUAAACUUCUACGCUGACUUCAUAAAAGACAGAGCAACCGAUCACAAACCAUUGUGCAGCAUCUUCAACCCCCACAAACCCACUCCAGAGAUUAUUUCACCGAAACUGAGCAGAUACUCAGCUACACUGAGUGCCUACAGGUACGAACUGCUCCAUCGUCCUGGCAAUAAACACUCAAACGCAGACCUCCUAUCAAGACUACCACUCGAGGAGGAACUACAGGAUGAAGAACAGUCCUACCAGGAAGUAUUCAUGAUUGAAAACGUAUCAAGAAAUCCAAUCACUCCAGAGGACAUCGCCAAAAGCACAUCAACGGACCAGAUCCUGACCCAAUUAAAAAAUGGCUGGUGGACGGAUGGCCUUUUUGGCCAUCCGUACCAGAAAAAGGUACCAGAAAUAUACAAGCACUACUGGUCCAAGAGACAGGAAAUGUCGUUACACAAAGGCUGCAUACUCUGGGGAAACAGAGUAGUAAUGCCAGAGGAACUACGUGACACCAUACUUCAAUAUCUCCAUGCCAACCACCCUGGCAUAUGCAGCACGAAAGCAGCAGCUAGAUCAUACACCUGGUGGCCUGGACAAACAUUCCUGAUUGUUGUUGAUGCCACGACGAAAUGGCUAGAAGUGAAACGUAUGCCAUCACCGAAUUCACAAAUGGUCAUCAAAGCCUUGAGAGACCUUUUCGCAACAUUCGAUCUACCCCACACCAUCGUAUCCGACAACGGGACAGCAUUCUCAUCCAGUGAGAUCAAGGAAUUCUACAAGAAGAAUGGGAUCAAGUCCAUCUACAUCGCUCCAUACAAUCCAGAAUCGAAUGGACAAGCAGAGAGGAUGGUGCAUACUGCAAAAAGGUCCCUCAACAAACUCUCAUACGGCAACUCGGAGGUUAAACUACCACGACUACUCCUCAAACAGCAUGUGACCCCAUCAUCCACAACAGGAAAGAGCCCAGCUGAAGAAAUGUUUGGAAGGCCUCUGCGCACUGCCCUGGACGUCCUCAAGCCAAGUGACGAGAGGCCACAUGAUGAUCAAACCCUAAAAAUACGAGAAUUACCAAUUGGAGUGAGGCUACAAAUGAAAAACUAUCGAGCAUCAGGACCAAAAUGGGUAAUCGCACUGUUCAAAAUGUACUCGAAAUUUAAUGAGUUGGGUGGUCGGGAGGAGAGGUGA